AUGAACAGAUUUAGCUUGCACCGAUUAGAAGAUGGGGCGUGUAUCCAUACCUAUAAUACCAAUCCAGUGAAGACAUUCCCGAAACAGGUUGUUUUUGAGGAGCAGGCUACCCUUGUUGUCGGAGGCAGUGACACAGGAACUAUUCAUAUUUUUGACAAGAAUGAAGGCACCCUUAAGCAAGUAUUGCAACACGCAGACAAGGGCCUGAUUUUUGGAGCAACGUCCACCAAUGACACAGAACCGACCAUCUCCAUCGGGUGUCAUAAACGUACGACAUCGCUGAGCGACCGUUCUCUGGGGUCAGCGAUCAAGAAUUUCAUACAGGGAAUAGUCCAGCUAGCUAUCGCAAUGGCGAUAAUAGCAUAUGUCAGCAAUAUAUAUUCAAAGUUGGGGGCUCAAAUGAAUGACCUAACGAAUACUGACAUCCGUUCCUUGGUAGAACAAUACAUUGAGGCGCAGAGGGGUGAAGAACUUGAGCGUGAAGCUCGGAAACAAAUGGCAGACAUGGACAAGCCAAGCUUGUAA